CUGUUGGCUCCAGAAUGGGUUCUGUUCCUUUUUUCCAGAGAAGAUAGAUCUGUGGACACUCAACAUCUGGAGCGGACCCUAGAGACCCACCCUCUUGAGGUGCGGAGCCGUCUUUUAUUUGGAGGGAAAGCCAAAGGUAUAAUAUGCCCAUAAAAAAAUGAAAAGAGAUGGAACUCUAACCCAACUAUGGAUUCUGGAGAAAGAUUGCUCAGCAGCCUAAGGGAAAAACCAGCCUAUGUGUAGUUAUUUACAGUGAUGCAUCUUUGCCGCGAUAUUAAUAUUUCCCAAAUGAACAGCAACUGGUCAAGGGGUGUCCGUGCUUCCCUGUAUACGUUGAUGUCACUCAUAAUUCUGGCCACUCUGGUUGGCAAUAUGAUAGUAAUAAUUUCUAUAUCCCAUUUCAAGCAACUUCAUACACCCACGAAUUGGCUCCUUCAUUCCAUGGCCACUGUGGACUUCCUGCUGGGCUGCCUGGUGAUGCCUUACAGCAUGGUGAGAACAGUUGAGCACUGCUGGUAUUUUGGAGAAGUUUUCUGUAAAGUUCACACCAGCACCGAUAUUAUGCUGAGCUCAGCAUCCAUUUUUCACCUAUCCUUCAUUUCCAUUGACCGCUACUAUGCUGUGUGCGACCCGUUGAGAUACAAAGCCAAGAUCAAUACCUUGACUGUUUUUGUGAUGAUCCUCAUUGGUUGGAGUGUUCCUGCUGUUUUUGCCUUUGGAAUGAUCUUCCUGGAGCUGAACUUAAAGGGAGUUGAAGAACUGUAUCACAAACAGGUUGACUGUCUGGGCGGCUGUUCUGCAUUCUUUAGCAAAGUACCUGGGGUGCUGGCCUUCAUGACUUCUUUCUAUAUACCUGCAUCUGUCAUGUUAUUUGUUUACUAUAGAAUAUAUUUUAUAGCUAAAGGACAAGCAAGGUCAAUUAAUGGCACAAAUCUUCAAAUUGGAUUGGAAGAGAAACACAGAAUGCCACAAAACAAAGAAACAAAAGCCGCCAAGACCUUAGGGAUUAUGAUGGGUGUUUUCCUCAUCUGCUGGUGCCCAUUCUUUUUCUGCAUGGUCCUGGACCCUUUCCUGGGCUAUCCCAUCCCACCCACUUUGAAUGAUGCACUGACUUGGCUUGGGUACCUGAAUUCUGCCUUCAACCCAAUGGUUUAUGCCUUUUUCUAUCCCUGGUUCAGAAGAGCAUUGAAGAUGAUUAUCUUUGGCAAAAUUUUCCAGAAAGAUUCAUCUAGGUCUAAGUUAUUUUUGUAGUGCAGUCUGUGAAACCAUUAUAUUUUACUGUUUUGUGAAACAGUUGGUGGUUAUAUUUAUGAAAAUAGUGAAUCAACCAUAGACAUUAACUUCAUGGACUAUUUUUUUUUCCAGACAGGGAUACUCUGUGUAGUUUUGGAUCCUGUCCUGGAUCUCUCUUUAUAGAUCAGGCUGGUCUUGAAUUCACAGAGAUCUGCCUGUCUCUGCCUCCUGAGUGCUGGGAUUAAAGGUAUGUGCCACUGCUACUCAGCAACUUCGUGGACUUUUAAAAUCAGUUAUUUAAGUUAAAAUGUAUAUGAUGAAUUAAACUUGGAUGUUUGUAUAUGAUCUGAUAUUUGGCAUGGAAUAGAUGUGGUCUUUGACAUUUUUGUUAUGCAGGCUUAACUGUGGUAAAUGCAGUAUUAAAGACUUACAUGUAACAGAAUUGUCCCUUCCCUUAGAAGACCUUCUGUGAAUUGACAGUAGGAAUUUAUUCAUUCAGUAAUUGAAUCACAAGACUGAAUUUAGGGCACAAAUUAGAAGGAAUUUGCCAUAUACACAUACCCACAGAUAUACACACCUAAAUACAUACAUAUAUAUGAAACCAGGGAAAGUAAUAGUGGUUUCCAAUGAGAUAAUCUAAUAGGAAGUCAGAAAAUAUUAUAAAUUGUAUACAUUGAUUUGAAAUUAAGGCAUGUCUCAAAUAGAUUUUAUGAAAUUAGUUUCAAGUUAAGCAUUACUAGAAAUAUGGAUUUAUUUAAUAACAGUGAUAUUUUCAUGACCAAAUUAAAGAAAGGUAGCCAAUUAAAAAAUAACUAACAUGUGCAUUCCACUGUCUGUUCAUAAGGAUGUAUUAAAUCCUUCUAUCUCUAGACAUAGUCGCAUACAUUUGUAAUCUCAGUCCUGGAGAGGCAGAGGCAGAAGGAUUGCCAUGUAUUGAAGGCCGGCCUGGCAAACACAGCAAAUUCCAGGGUUACAGAGUAAGACCCUGUCUCAAAACCAACAAAUCAGUUGCAGACUACAAAAUCCUUCCAUCUGUUGUUAUACUGCACUCUAGGAUUAUAUUGUCUUAUUGAUUUGGCUGUAGUACACAUUUAACAACAGUAAAGCUGGCCUUUGAAGAUAGUACAUUAUAAUACAAGUUACCUCUCUUCAGUCUGAAACACCACUUUGAAUUCCUUUCCCUAUGAGACCUGUUUGUUAAAUUUCAAAAAGGAAACAUAUUUUUGAAGAAUUUUCUACACUUUACAGUGAGUUUCCGUUGUUUUAUAUAUUCCAAGAUGUUUCUCAAAGAUUAUUUCUAGAUAUUGAAUAAAUCUUUUAAAAACAGUUACAUUGAUUUACAUGAGGUGAAGGGCUUUAGAAAUGAAGACCCAAGGAUCCAGAAAUAACUGUCUGGAUUUAUGUGCAGUCAUAUAGACGUGUGACUAAAA